ACAAUCACACCUGUAAACGAACCAAGUAUCAAGUAAGUAAGUAAUCACACCUCAGUUUCGCACACAAAGGACUACGUAGCUAUUUCUAUUUCAACCCUCCUUUGAACUUUUAUGCAUAUCUCUGAAGGACAUUAACUUGUCCAACCAGCUGAGGGUGUAACUGUAAACUAACCAAAUCAUAUCUGCCAGAUUAGUGCCCUAUUCUCACGCACAAACCGAACAACUCAGUACUAAGCGGCGAUACACAGCACUCAAUUUUUCUCCUGGCAACAAACUUGAAUCCAAGUGAACAACAAUGUCCCAGAGUGAUGUCUCGGUGCUCAUCCCGUUCUCAAACGAAGACAAAGACAAGAUAGAAUACCUACGUCAAUGCCCAACAGUACAGGUGUCAGAGGUGAUCUUCAACAAUAUUGAGGAGGAAGAGACACUGUUGGACUACGUAGAACGACUAAAGAAGCUUGUUGCUGACUACAACAUCAACAUCAUUCUCCCCACCAUCGACUUGUCUACGUUCGUGCACGCCGCCAUCGCCAGGGACUUUCCGCACAUCCCCGGACCCAGUGUUGAGUCCUGCUAUCUGGCUUUCCACAAAGCCUACACACGGCAAUACCUGGACCCCAGUGAAAACCCAACCCCCUACGAUGUAGUGGACAUGGAUUCACCCACCAUGCUGGAGGAUGCACAGCGGGCCUUGGAAAAAGUCGGUCUACCAGCAUUCGUGAAACCCGCAGCAGCAUUUGACACGUUCGGCGUGGCCAAGGUGGAAAACUACAACGACAUGAAACGUGCCCUGCAGAACCUUCGGACAAUGAGGGACGAACAUCCUAACUUCAAGUCAUCACCAAGCGCUGCUUUCUUCAAGGAUUAUUUCAAGCAAUAUCUGGACGUGGAAAAGUACCCACUCGCCCUUCGAGAUGUUGUGAUCGUGGAGCCUUACUUGGUUGCAGUGGCCCUCAUUGGUGCGGAUGGAUACGUUAUGGACAAAGAGAUUGUGCAAUGGACAAUCACUGAUGAGCUCCGAUUUGACCACGGCCAAGAGGCCAAGUUCAUGACCAUAAUCUCUCCUACCUCUGAGCCAGAAGACGUACAGAAGCGGAUGUGGGAUGUCUAUAACGGCAUCAUGACCAGGAUGGUCCAGUUUGGGUUCAACCACGGCUUUACAAACAUCGAAGUCUUCAGAAUGAAGGAUGGUCAACUGAGGCUGUGUGAGGUAAAUGCCAGGGGAUCCAGGCAACUCCAAGGCUGCUACAGAGAGAGCUACAAGAACGCUAACCAGGACUAUGUGUGCCUGACUGCUGGCCGCGGUAUCAAGUACGUCGCACCACCCGAGACAGGAAGGUGGGCUAUCGCCUACAUCGUCAAGUUUGACAAACUAGAAAGGCCCGGCAACCUGAUGGACUUCGACCAGAUUGAAAAGCUGAAGUCAGAUCCUGACUUGUUGUUCACCCUGACGGCGGGUCCUGACGAUGAUGUCAUCAACUUCACCGGCAGUGCCGGAUGUCACUUCUGUUGGCUGUGGACCUACGGGGACUCCAGGGAGGCCAUGAUCAGCAAGCUUGUUGAUGUACUCAAACUGGUGGUUAAGAAGCCAGAACGGCUGACAUACCCAGUAUACUAUGGAAUGUAAUAGCCAUUGGAGGGUACCCUUGCAAAUCGGAUACCAAGGUCACACACCAGGGGGCCCAAAAUUGACCAUGACCUUCAUCUUUCCAACACCUACCCACAUACCAAAUAUCAUCCAGAGGUUCUAAAGGUA